AUGAAAGUUGAGGAACUAAUUAUUGAUGGAUUCAAGUCAUAUGCAACACGUACUGUGAUAUCAGGCUGGGAUGCACUGUUCAAUGCUAUCACUGGCUUAAACGGAUCGGGAAAGUCGAACAUUCUCGACGCCAUUUGUUUUGUGCUUGGUAUUUCUUCGAUGCAAACAGUUAGAGCGUCCAACUUGCAGGAUUUGAUUUACAAGAGAGGACAAGCAGGCGUUACCAAAGCUAGUGUCACCAUUGUCUUCAACAACUCCGAAAUCUCGAAAUCACCUAUUGGGUUCGAGACUUGUGCUACGAUCAGUGUCACAAGGCAGAUUAUACUUGGUGGAACCUCCAAAUACUUGAUAAACGGACAUAAAGCACAGCAACAAACAGUCCUAAGCCUCUUCCAAUCUGUGCAGUUGAACAUUAACAACCCCAAUUUUUUAAUCAUGCAAGGUAAAAUUACCAAGGUCUUGAACAUGCGGCCAAACGAAAUAUUGUCUUUGAUUGAAGAGGCAGCAGGAACUCGAACUUUUGAAGAGAAAAAGGGUAAAGCAAAGAAAGUUAUGGCAAAGAAGGAUUCAAAGCUUAAGGAGAUCAAAACCUUGUUGCUGGAAGAAAUCGAGCCCAAGUUUGAAAAGUUUAGGAAUGACAAACGCGUCUACAUUGAGUUUAAAAACACCGAAACUGCUUUGGAAAAGCAUAGACGUGUUGUGACAGCAUUUGAAUAUUCAAAACUUACACAAUUGUUCACGAACAACACUGAUUUCACCGAGCAACAUGAGAACAAAGUUGCCGAAUUACACUUGGAAGUUGAUAAAUUGACUCACGAAAUAAACAACUUGAACCAAGACUUGCAACAAGUAAGACAAGCAAGAGAGGCAAAUAUGAAAAAAGACGGUAAAAUCAAUGAGUUGGAGCAUCAAGAGGUCAAAAUUACAAACGAGUUGGAAAGAUUGAGGACAAAGAGAGGAUUGACUGCUGAGGAACUAACUAAUGAAACUGAAAAAUUGGAACUGUUGCAACAGAAACAACAUGAGUUGGAAAAUUCUUUGAAAGAAAGUAAAUCAUCAUUCAAGGUUCACGAGGGCAAGCACGAGGCAUUCAAGAAAGAGCUCUCAAUAUUGAAAGAACAAUUUGAGAAAAGGCAAGAGCUAUUAGCAGGAUUGAGUACAGGGUUAUCUUCCAAAGGUGGUGCCUCCACUGGUUAUGUUUCCCAGCUUAGUGACGUUAAAAACAAACAUGGCUCAUCAGCGAGUCAAAUCGAACAAAACAAGUUGAAGAUUGAGCAUCUUUCCAAGAGCUUGAAAACUGAUGAGCCAAAGCUAGCCAAGGCAAAGGAAGAGUAUGACCGAUUUAUGGUUAAUGUGGAAAACCUUGAACGAGACAUAGCGGAAAAAGAGGCGGAGUUGACUAAAGAAAUGGGAUCCACAUCUCAAAAUAUAGAUCAGAUCCGCGACCGAGAAUCUGAGCUCAGGGCUCAGCAGGAAAAGCUUUUACGAGAAUUGAACUAUAUGAAACAAAAUCUACGCGGUCUUGAUUUUUAUUACGAGCGACCACACCCAAAUUUUGAUGACCGCUUGGUACAAGGUGUUGUUGCUCAGUUGUUUGAGUUGCCCGAAUCUUCAUACGACAAAGCGAUUGCUUUGCAAACAUGUGCAGGUGGAAGGUUGUACAAUAUUGUUGUCAAGACAAGCGAAGUGGCAUCACAAUUGUUGGAGCGCGGUAGAUUGAGAAAAAGGGUCACCAUGAUUCCAUUGGACAAAAUUAACCCUAAUGUUUUGGGAGCGGCAGUUGUUGAACGUGCGCAGCAGAUUGCUCCAGGAAAAGUUGAGUUGGCUUUAAACUUGAUUGAAUAUGACCAAAAUAUAUACAAAGCUAUGCAAUAUGUGUUUGGAACAACGUUUAUAUGUGCGGAUCCAGACGCAGCAAAGAAAGUAACCUUUGACCCUCAAGUUAGAACGAGGUCAAUCACAAUUGAGGGUGACACGUAUGAUCCUGAGGGAAACAUAUCUGGAGGGUCACGUCGAAACAAUACUGCGUUGCUACUUGCAUUGAAGGAUUACAACAAGGUGCUCAAACAAUUGAACGUUGUUGACGAUGAGCUCUAUCAAGUCAAGGAAGAAGUUGACAAGUGGGAGAAAAGUAUGAAAGCUACAAGUGGAAUGAGAAAGGUUAUUGAAAUGAAAAAGUAUGAGUUGUCCUUGCUCCAAAGAAAGCUAGAGAACAACCAAGCGUCAUCCUUUUUAAAAUCAAAUGAAGAAAAGAAGCAGGAGAUGGAAAACUUGAGUAAUGAGAUACUGCAAUUGGAGAAGGAUUGCGUUCAGUUUACCAAGGAGAUCAAACAAAUUGAAAGGGAUAUGCAAGAGUUCAACAGUGACAAGGGUGGUAAAAUUUCUCAACUAAAGGAGGAAAUAAGGGAACUGAAAUUGAUUUUGGAAAGCAAACAAAAGGAAAUGGCUUUGGAGACUGAAAAUUUCCAGGUGUUACAAUGGGAGACCGAACAACAACAAAAUGAACUCAAAGAAAUCCAAUCACAAGUUUUAAGCACCGAAAGGAACAUCUCUGAGCUCAGGGCAAAAGAUCGAGAAGACGACAAUAAUCAGUCAAAGUUGGAACGAGAGUUGACCAUAGUUAAGGCCCAAGUUGAAGAAGAGAAAUCAAGCUUGGCAGGACUAGAUGAAGAAUUAAAUGAGUUGACGAAAAUAAUUGCCUCCAAACUCAAAAGAGCUGAAAAUUUGAAGGUCAAGAUCAAGACUAUCGAUUUCGAACUUGAAAAAUCACGAAAUGCAACAACUGAUUUGCGUAAAAAAUUGGACCAGAUUAUGAGUGAUCACGAAUGGGUGUUGGAUAUGAGAGCGGUGGAACAUGAGGUAUCAGAGCACAAAAAUUUGAAUUUGGAAGAGGCAAAAGAACAGUUGGCCCAAUUGGAGGACAAAUUUCAAACCAUGAGACGUAAAGUGAAUGUCAAUGUGAUUAGUAUGAUUGAGGAAAAUGAGAAAAGAGAGGCGUCAUUAAAGUUGAAAAUCAAAACCAUCGAAAAAGACAAGACAAAGAUUGAAUCAACCAUUGAAAAAUUAAACGGAGAAAUUAGAAAAGCGUUGAAUGGAACGUAUCAAAAAGUGUCUGAGGAUUUUGGACAAAUCUUUGCAGACUUGUUGCCGGGAUCAUUUGCCAAAUUGGUUCCAGUUAACAUGAUGGACGUUACUGACGGUCUUGAAGUUAAAGUCAAACUUGGACCUGUUUGGAAAAACAGUUUACUAGAACUAUCCGGUGGUCAGAGAUCACUUAUUGCGUUGUCAUUAAUCAUGGCUUUGCUUCAGUUCAAUCCGGCACCAAUGUAUAUCUUGGACGAAGUCGAUGCUGCCUUAGAUCUCUCGCAUACUCAAAACAUUGGUCAUUUGAUUAAAACCAGAUUCAAAGGAUCACAAUUCAUUGUUGUAUCUUUGAAAGAGGGGAUGUUUACCAAUGCCAACCGUGUUUUCAGAACAAGAUUCCAGGAUGGUACCUCAGUUGUGUCUAUUAUGUAG